AUGGCUGAAGGCCAGAAGUUUAAUUAUUUAUCUCUUAAAACAACUACUGAUUUUAUAAAUACGAAAAUAGCCCAGCGUCCAAUAAUGGUAUUUUCAAAAUCAUACGUACCAGAGUGCAAAGAAACAGCUCUCAUACUCGAAUCCCUAAAAGUUUACAAAGGAGAUUUUGAGAUUUGCAACAUUGAAAAGAGACAAGACUGUGCCCUGAUUGAAACUUACCUCAUGAAAAUUUGUAACGAACCGUGUCGCAAGGUGCCAAGAAUUUUCAUUAGUCAUAAAUAUUUUGGAAGUUAUGAAGAUUUAAAUCGCAUUGUGAGUUCGGGCGAACUUAAAGAAAUGAUAAACAAAAAUCAUUGGGCCGCUUCAAGGUACAAGCAAGAAUAUGAAUAA